AUGGCGCUGCUGGUUGCUGUUGCGCUGUGCGCGUCUCUCGCGCGCUCGUUCACGCUUCCGAGGCCGCCGACGACGCGCGCGACGUCCCGACUUCGAUCCUCAAACGAUGUCCUGGUCCUAAACACCGACCGCGACGUGCUCCUCUUCGACACGACGCUGCGCGACGGCACGCAGGGCGAAUCCAUCUCGUGCUCGGUGGAGGACAAGCUGAAGAUCGCCGCGCGGCUCGCGGAGUUCGGCAUGGAUUUCAUCGAGUGCGGCUGGCCCGGCUCGAACCCGAAGGACGCCGAGUUCUUCCGGCGCGCGGCGACGGAGCUCGACGCGAACGCGCGGGACCGGCUCGUCGCCUUCGGGUCGACGCGGUCGAAGCGGUCCGCGACGGCCGCCGAGGACGCGCAGCUGCGGGCGCUCGUCGCGUCCGGCGUCGGCACGGCGUGCAUCGUCUGCAAGGCGUCGUCCUGGCAGACGACGGAGAUCCUGGGAGCGACGCGGGCGUCGAACCUCGACAUGAUCUCGAGCUCCGUCGCGUUCCUCGUGGACGAGGGCCUGCGGGUCCACGUGGACCUCGAGCACUUCUACGACGGCUUCCUCGGGGGCCGCGCGGCGCCCGCGGAUCCCGCGUACUCGCUCGCGUGCGCCGAGGCCGCGGCGGCCGCGGGCGCGGAGUGCGUCGUGCUCUGCGACACGAACGGCGGCACCCUGCCCUGGGACGUCGAGGCCGCGACGGCGGCGGCCGUCGCGGCCGCGCCCGGCUGCCGCGUCGGCGUCCACGUCCACGACGACGGCGGCCUCGCCGUCGCGAACUCGCUCGCGGCCGUCCGCGCGGGCGCGUCGGUCGUCCAGGGCACGGUCAACGGCGUCGGCGAGCGCACGGGCAACGCGAAUCUCGUGACCAUCGCCGCGACGCUCGCGCUCAAGGGCGAGGCGCUUUUGGGCUCCGCUCCUUCCCUCGCGUUCGCGAAGAACCUGCCCGCUUUGGCGGACACGAGCCGCUUCGUCGACGAGGCGCUGAACCUCGCGCCGAACCCCGCGCGGCCCUACGUCGGCGCGAGCGCCUUCGCGCACAAGGGCGGCCUCCACGUCUCCGCGGUCGCCAAGGACGCCGCGGCCUACGAGCACGUCGACCCGGCGGCCGUCGGCAACGCGCAGCGCGUGCUCGUGUCCGAGCUCAGCGGCCGCGCGAACAUCUGGUCGUCGCUGCAGAAGGCGGGGCUCGUCGACGACGGCUCCGAGGCGCUCGGCGAGGAGGUGUGGAAGGAGCGCGCGGCGGCGAUCCUGCGCCGCGUCAAGGCGCUCGAGAAUCUGGGCUACUCCUUCGAGGGCGCGGAAGCUUCCGUGCACCUCAUGCUCCUCCACGCGAGCCCGGGCUACUGCGUGCCCUUCUCCGUGCUCGACUACUCGGUGACGACGUCGGACGUCGACCUCGACAGCGCCGCGCGGAACGCGGGCCAACCGCUCCGGGACGGCGGCGCGACGGCGCGCGCGACCGUCAAGGUCCGCGUCGCCGGCGACGACGCCGCGCUCGACGUCGCCGAGGGCACGGGGCCCGUCGACGCGCUCGAGAAGGCGCUCAAGCGCGCGCUCGCGCCGACGUACCCGACCGUGGGGGAGGUCGAGCUCGUCGACUACAAGGUCCGCAUCCUCGACCCCCAGUCGAAGACGUCCGCCGCGACGCGCGUCGAGAUUUCGUUCCGCGACGGCCGCUCCGGCGCGACCUGGACGACCGUCGCCGUGGACCGCAACAUCAUCUCCGCGUCCGCGAACGCGCUCGUCGACGGCUUCGAGUUCGCCGUCAUCGAGCACGCGGAGCUCUGCAACCUCUGCGAGCUCGACUACGACGACGACGGGCCGCUGACGCUCGAAGCCCCGGCGCGCGUCGCGAGCCGGUAA